AUGUCGAAAGACAGCAAAAGCGACAAGAACAAGGUCGGGAAGAAGGCCAAGAAGUCCACAAAGAGCGACCAGAGAUCGAAAGAGAACAAACAGCGUGCUGCAGCAGCAGCGUUCAGUCUGCUAGCCGACGAGAAGACCAUAGACCAGAGUCUUUCCUCUCUAUUCGCAGUCAAGGUACGGUCCAACGCGACGCUUACUGUCUCAAUGCUAAAAAUCUACAGCAACCCCCCGUGAAGGCAAAACCGGCCCCCUUGACGGAAAAGCCGGCAAAACAACCAAACUCCAGCGACCAACGUGAAGAGGAAGACGACAAUGACGCCGAGCUUUCCGAGAUCGAGGAGGACCUCAGCGAAGAUGCAGCCAAUCCUUCCGAUGAUGGAGCCGAGUCCACAGCCGAAGAAGAGGAAAGUUUUCCUAAGCGAGGCUUGGAUACUUCUACACAAGAGCGAGAGUCUGCAGAGGUUGACAACAAGUCUAAGCGCAAGCGCAAGAGAAGAGAUGCAGACGAGGAGCUCGAAAAUGUCUAUAUGACGAGGCUUGUUCGCGAGGAGGAGAGGGAAAACGAAAAACUAGCUGCUGAGCGUGCCGCAAAGCGCCAAAGGCAGGACGCAGAGGCAGGAGCUUCUGAGAACCUGGACAACGACGGCGACAGCAGUGAUGUGGAGGAGGCGGCAGAUGAGAGUGACAGCGCGGAAGGGGAAGACAAACAUAACAGUGCAGAGAUGUCGCCUCCGCCUCAGCAUGAGACGCGACAGCAGGCAGAUGAGGAACUCGACAAGGCCAACCGUACCGUCUUCCUGGGAAACGUCUCUACCGCAGCGAUCACUUCCAAGGCCUCGCGCAAGCUCCUUCUCAGUCAUCUCGCCUCCUUCUUCACGGCCCUCGCAUCUUCCAGUGGUAGUGCCACACCGAAGGUCGAGUCGAUACGCUUUCGCUCCACUCCUUACGCCGCCGCAAUUCCGAAGAAAGCAGCAUACGCCAAACAAGAACUCAUGGACGCGACAUCCAAAUCGACUAAUGCCUAUGCUGUCUACUCUUCGUCCCAUCUCGCUCGCGAAGCCGCCAAGCGUCUCAAUGGCACUGUAGUGCUCGACAGACAUCUGCGAGUUGACGAAGUUGCCCACCCUGGCAAAAUCGAUAAUCGUCGAUGCAUAUUUGUGGGCAACCUUGGUUUCGUCUCAGAUGAAUCCAACAUCCAAGCAGCAAACGAAGAAGAAGGCCGCGAGAAACGCAAACCCGGCAAGGAACCCGCCGAUGUCGAAGAAGGUCUCUGGCGUACGUUUGGGAAAUGCGGCAAAGUUGAAUCCGUUCGCGUCAUUCGCGACAGCACGACGCGCGUCGGUAAGGGCAUUGCAUACGUUCAGUUCGAAGACGAAAAUUCCGUCGAAGCAGCUCUUCUUUACAAUGAGAAGAAGUUCCCGCCGAUGCUGCCCCGGAAGCUGCGCGUCUCGCGAGCGAAAGCACAGAAGCGCAACGCGAAGCCGGGGUCUGGUAGACCUUCGACAUCGAAGCCCGCAGCAACCGGCUACCAACGCAAGCUCACCGGAGAAGAAGCUUCCAAGUUGGGCAGGGCAAGCAAGCUCUUCGGCCGCGCCGCGGCUGCGAAUGGGCGGAGGACAGACAAGACGCCGAGGCCUGACCGAGCCCAGAGACCGUCGACAGCACUGGGAGAGGGCAUCAAGAAGCCGGAGAACUUCAUCUUCGAAGGUCAUCGCGCCACUGCCCGUCAGGGAAAGAGCGGGCUCAAGCUCGCGGGCAAACAUGCUGGGAAGAAGAACAAGGUCACGAAGAGGAGUGCUUCGUACAAGGCGAAAAAGAGGCCUUCGUAG